UUGCCGGAAAGUCAAAGACAUUCGGGGCGUUCUGGCUGUGAGUGAGGACGAACGACCUCACAUGGGAGCAUCCAGACUGCUCACGGAGUCAGAAUGCUAAACCCGACCAUCUCAUCUGCAUCCCUGUUUCAACGGCCUACACUUGUGUGUGUCGAUAUCAUUCGGUCAAUGCGUGGUGUUGGACGUGGCAGGACCGGAGUGUGUUGUUGGCUGUCUGUCUGUCUCAACCACAUUCACCCUCCUCAUACAACUCCCUGUAUACACCCUCAGGGCUACAACAAGACCAUCUACUCGACCACCAUUCUCCUUCGUUUCGGGUGAUAUCCUCAUCGACAUUUAUUGAUAUAUCGGCAGGCCUGCUGGUGUUGCUCUUUCACAACCUUUAUAUAUAUAUCCUUUACCUCCCCAAAUUCUUGAUACACCGCUUUAGAAACGUAAGUUGUUUCUUGAUAUUGAAACAGCCUGGUCGAAUUUCCUUCCUUCUCUUCAUGUGUCUUGGACUACGACGGAGUGCCUCGCGCCCUUAGAUAUCGAUAGCUUGGCCUCUCGCCCCAGGUACGUUCCAUUGACCUGACGUUUCGUCCGCUACCCCUCGACCCAAACCCGAAGACAAGAGUGCACACUAUUUCCAUCGGCGACUACUCUCCUCAAUCAUUCGUCUCCGAGCAACUAGUUGUGCAGACACCUGUUCAUAGCCCUUUUGCGACCGAUGAACCUUUGCAUGCUGGAUCGUCUGAAUUCAUUUCCUCACUUGGACGUUCUAUCUUCUAGAUUCCCAGACCGUUUCGAGUCUUUCAUCACAGGUCUUUUACCUUGACUUGACCAUGCCUCAUACACCAGAACUUCCACAGGGUGUGUGCCCGGGUGAUAUUUUAAUAGUUGUCCAUGACUUUAUAGCUCGGGGCACGGACGAACUGACCCUUCGCCGGGGAGACAAGGUUGAGUUGCUCGAGCUGGAUGAAGGUUUUGGGGAUGGCUGGUAUUUGGGGAAGCAUGUGGCCGAGAAUAGAACUGGCCUUUUUCCUGGUGUUUAUACAACAAGCAUCCCAAAGAUAGGGGUUCGUCAGCAUGGGGGCACAGCGUCAAAUUCUACUAUUGGGUCGAAGCCUCGCAGAAAUAGUGAGCCGUCGGCAUCGCAUACAGCCCUGGGAGCUAUUUCAGGCCCCGCGUCGCCAACGUCAAACGAGGAUACAACUCCGCAGGCAUCACGCCAAGUUAGUGGCGCCGAUUUUGGACCCCCGACUACUGAAACUACUGAAAGUGAUGCCCCAACACGACCCGGGCAACAACAGGGCCCUAGCAUGUCGCACCUCCCCUCUUCAACUCCCCUGCCACAGGCCGUGCAAAGAACUAUCAGCAAGACUAUGUCUCGUGGAAAUGGAGAUGAUAGUGCUGUGAUAAAUCAAACCUUGAGCGUUAUCGAUGAACAUAUCACGAAUUUCAGCACCCCACGCCAUAGUGUUGUUGCACAGGACCCGAGGAAUCCAAAUGAUUCUGGCAGCGAAUACAGCAGCCAUCGAGACCAUAGACUGUCGUACAUCCCUGGAGCGGAAACUGAAGAAGAAGAGGGAGUCACUUUGAACGAAUACACUGUAAGGGGUUGGGACCAUCACCAGACUGCUCGACAUCUUCAAGGGCUUGGUAUGGAUCCAAAACAUUGCGAAAUUUUUGAGGAGCAGGAAAUCACCGGAGAUGUUUUGCUUGAGAUGGACCAAGAAUUCAUCUAUAUGAAGGAGUUUAACUUUGGGGUUAUGGGAAAGCGGUUGAAGAGUUGGCAUAUAAUCAAGACCUUCCAGGAGGAGAUCAAAGGGAUUAGGCAGCUGCGACAAUCCUCAUCUACCUUCUCGGGUAGAGAUCGCUCUUCUGGGGAGUACGACCGAUCUCAGAGUCGAUCUGGAGGCUCGUUCCUUCCCAGGAUCCCUAAUUUUACCGAAAGCCCAAGCCGCAGUGCACGACAAUCGAGAAGUGCGUCUGGAAAACAUUAUUCAGGGAUAACAGCUUCUAUGUCUUCGACUCUGAGCAGCAACGCUUCCCCAGUUUCACCCCUGAAUCAAACCUCUGGCCUAGAUAGUUCCUCAAGACCAUCAGCAGCAUCUAUCCGCCAGAUAAACUAUUCUCGCUCCCAUUCAUCAAUGGAAGGCUCUCCAGGAUCUCCUAACCAGAGAACUAGGUCAGCACACGGUGCUCCCCGAGGUAAAAAAGCUUCGUUUGACAGGGGCUGGACCCUGGCAACAGGAUCCCAGGCUGUGAACAAUCGGCCUGAGAACUUGGUUGGUUCCCCCGCAGAGUCAAUUCGCCAGCGGGGGCUAGCCGGCUUUGCCAAUCCCGAUUUCGAUUCCUCUCUCAUUGUGGACUCAGCGGAUUUGGAUAGAGGAUAUUUCUCAGGAGGUGAAAUAGAUGCCCGGAAGUCUCGGAAAUUGCUUACAAAGCGGGAUUCUACAGGCCGAAGCUUUAGCCAUUCAAGGAAAUCUAGCACUGCAGAAGAUUCGAAGCAAGCCCGCGUUAAACGGCACUCGCGAUUUGGUAGCGCAGACUCCAUCCGGGAUUUCGUGCCGCAUUUCUCAAACAAAGUUAACCAAAAUAGUUCGUUAAACGGGAAGCUCGGUGACCACAGCGUCUUCUCCAAGCAAUCGUUUGGAGACAACACCCAUGCUCCUACUGUAACGAAUUUGGAAGAGAAAAACACAAGCCCCAGUAAUGGAAUAUUUUCUGCACUAUCCCCCCUUCAUUCAAAGGGGGAUGGAGAAAGUUCUGGGCGCUCCUCCCCCUUACCAUCGUCACAUCUCAAAAACGUUGCUCCUAGAGUUCGUCGUGCCAUAGGCUUACGCGCUGUUUCAGAUGCCGUCACUGGUAACGAGAGAGCAAUGGCUUCAUCAUCCCCCUCUUCAGCAUCUGCGUCAAAGGACUCACAGAAGUCCCCCACUAGGACAAACUCUACUACACCUUCUGGUACAUCCAAAAGCUUCGAAAUAGAAAGCAUAGAUAGUUCUACGAAAACCGUUGAAGGAGCAUUUGCAUUAGUGGCAAUGCCAAAGGCUUCCAAUGCGCGCUCAAAAUCAAAGAAAGAUACCAGUGCAUACAUGCGAGGUUUAGAAAAGAAAACUCCACAAGAACAAAUGAUUGGAUGCGACUACUCUGGCUGGAUGAAGAAGAAAUCCUCCAAUCUAAUGACUACAUGGAAACCGCGACUUUUCGUUCUUCGUGGUCGCAGACUUUCAUAUUAUUAUUCAGAGGACGAUACAGAGGAACGUGGACUAAUCGAUAUCUCCUCACAUCGUGUAUUCCGUGCUGACCAAGACACGAUCACGGCACUUCAUGCCACACUCACCGGCGCAACAGCGUCUCCAACGUCUCCAAGUAAUUGGAAUAACGGGAAUCCUUCCGCCGAUGCAGAUUCGGUAUCAAAUAUGUCCAAGUCGUCUUCCGGCGAUGCGCCAUUCAUAUUCAAACUCGUUCCACCAAAGGCCGGGUUACCACGGGCGGUUCAGUUUACAAAGCCCUCCGUCCACUUCUUCCAAGUCGACAACAUCCAGCAGGGGCGUUUGUGGAUGGCAGCACUCAUGAAAGCUACGAUAGAGAGGGAUCUAAACCUCCCAGUUACGACCACGAAUAAGCAGAAGACAAUCAGUUUGAAGCAAGCUCGUGCUUCCAAUCAGCGUCCUCCCGCUCUCAUGGGUCCUGGAGUCAAGGAGAAGAAGGCUUCUUCGUCUUCGCCUGAGAACAACGCCAAAGCGACCGACGGACAGGUCACUGGAGGAUUGAAUAUUAUUGAAUCGCCGGGGGAAGACAUGGGCAGUAACAAAGCUAACUCAGAGUUGAAGAUACUCGAAGCAGGGGUUAUUGGCUCCUCUGACUUGAUUGCUGAGUCGAUUCUAAACUCAACCCAAGAACCUGCUUCGUAAUGGUGAUAGCUGAUUUCGUCUUAGCGCUUCGUAUAUCUAUCCAAAUAAGUAUGUGCGUGGGGAGACCUUAUUUUUAUAAUGGUUGAAUUUAUUUUCCUUUUUCACCGUUAUGUUUGUAUAAUUGUCUACGCAAGCACAACGCUCGCCUUUUGUUUCCCACUGCCCUUCAACAUCUGUUCCAAACUUUCUUUCCCUUUUUCCCUCAAAUUUCCCUUUCCUUCCACUUUUUCUUAACUGGAGUUUACAGCACAUGGCGGCUAUGAGAUAUACCCUUCAUUUAAACUUUCUUCCCCCCUCGAUAUGAACACAUGGGAAGGACAUAUGAGUCGGCAAGCUUUACUUAACAACGGCACUUACUUUUCAAGUAUGGUGAAGACUUUGCCUCAUUUUUACUGUGGUUUUCUUUAUUCUUCAUUAACCUCUUAUAAUUAACUGAUUAAUUGAUCCCUUUCCUUUUAAAUUCACGAAAAAAAAAAAAAAAUCUGCCUUGAGGCUUGUUACGCUAUGUAUCUUAAAUAUUAAAGUUGUAAUCAGACUUCGUAUUAGCGAAAUGCUCGCUUUUAAAUCUAGCCGCUUCGUAUAUUUAAUGGUGUCAAAUAAUCAUCUAUC